UCAAGGAUCAAUACAGCACCUGCCUGAUAAUCUCCUCUGCAAGCUCUCCUUCCGGUUCCAACUGCAAUGGCUGCGAGGAGAACCAUUCUUCUCGCCAUGGCUUCCAUGGCCAUCCUAAGCACGGCGUCUGCAGCAAUCUACAACGUGGGCGAGCCGGGUGGCGCAUGGGACCUCAGCACCAACUACGGCACUUGGGCGUCCUCUAGGAACUUCCAAACAGGCGACCAGAUCGUCUUCAAGUACUCCCCUCAGGCACACGACGUCCUCGAGGUCAGCAAGGCCGACUAUGACUCAUGCAGCACCGCCAGCCCUGUCACCACCUUCAACUCCGGGAAUGAUGUUGUUACCCUCACCACCACCGGCACCAGCUACUACAUAUGCGGUUUCCCUGGUCAUUGCGCGGGCGGCAUGAAGGUUAAGAUCGAUGUCAUGCCAGGCUCCUCCUCAUCACCCGCCCCAGCCAGCGGCCCAAGUGCAAGCAACGCUCCCCCGCCGACCCCUGUGUCCGCUGCCACCAAUGUGGAGGCCACAGGGUUUGGCCUCGCCGUUUUGCUUGCCGUUGCCGGCCUCAUGGCUUGAGUGCAUCUCUGCAGUCGCAGGCACAUGUGUACUUUGCGUAUGUAAAGUAAUUAUUACUAGCAACUAUCUGUGUGUAUAGUCAAGUAGUUAUGUGUAUGUUGGACAUAUUCAGGUUGUGUGUUUUGCUGAUUCAUUUCGGAGAUUAAUAAAAAAAUCUUUUGGUCUUA